AUGCUCGAACGAUUCAAGCGUAAACUAUCCCGGUCCAAGUCCGUUGGUAACACUCUAGAGUCGGACUAUGCAGAUUCAGGGCACAAAAGCUCGUUGACUCUGUCGCCUUCGGAUGAACAGUUGAUAAACAAGCUGAAAUUUGCUGAUGAUACAAACCUGGAAGACAAGCCACCUCGAAGGCUCAAUCCAUCUAUUUAUAGCCACGGCUCUGUGGCUACAACAUCGUCGGAAAGGACAAUCUUCAACAACGUUGAUAAGGGCAUUCUAUCUUUACCGACAGAAGUUCUGCUGACACUCCAGAAAUAUAUCACUCCUAGCAGUGAGGUUGCUUUGCGGCAUGCUUGUGCUCGAUUCCUCCAUCUCUUUACCUUGCCGUCAUUUUACUUAUCUGGAGAUGAUAAGUUCGAAUGGCUGUGUCUGUAUGAGAAGGACCAGGACCCUGAUGAGCUCGAUCAGCUGGUUUGUGGACUGUGUAAGGAACGUCAUGUGAAAGCCACUUUCCCAGCUGCUGAGAGGAAAUUAUCACCAGCUGAACGCGACUGCCGUCAGGUCUGGCUUUGCCCGCACAAACACCUGGGCUACCAAAAGACUCUUAAAGACAUCAAAGCUGGGCACGAAGCACCAUUUAAAUCACAAUCGUUGGAGUCCUGCUCACGAUGCCGAGAAGUGAUCCGAAGCCGGUCGGUAGCUGAACGACCAGAAAAAGGCACCGCCGCUACUGACCUAGACAGCCCGAAUGCGGCAUCUCUUCUGAUCACCAAGAUCGCACUCUUACAGGCACCGGCCCCGAAAUAUAAAGACAGAACCUCGAGUGGUGGUACGAUGUAUAAAGAAGUGUUUGCUGUUAAAGACGUCGCAGCUGCGCUGUGUGCUAUUGACCUUCCUGUAUGCAACCACCUCCGGUUAAGCGACCAAUACCUGCUCAGCAGAUUUUGCAGAUCUUGUAUUAACACGCAGAGACUUCCUCCUAAUGUCAGAGGGCCACCAUGCAUAUCGGAACAGAAACGAGAUGUCGGAGAUCCUGAAUAUCUGGGCAAAUGCAAACAGUCGUGCUACACACGUGGCUGUAAAACAAAGUUCAUGUUUCAGAGCCGUGAAUCACUGUCUCCCGAUGCAUCUGGACGAAGACAAAUUUGGCUUAUUCUUGCUAUUUAUCGUUGGCUGGGGCCCCUCCAAAGUGAGAAUAGAGACAGCCACUGGCUUGGGCAUUCGGUGCCACAUCUUGCUAGGACCGAGAUGCGUCAGAAGUGGGAAGCAUCGGAGAAGGCGAGAGGGAAUCGAAAACCAAUGCCGAACUGGUCAAUAUGUCUGCUGCAUCCUGAAGACCCAAGCGUGAGGACCACUCAAGUGUUUGUGCCUUAUCAGCCAAAUUCUGCGAGUGUGGAAGAUGCAUUGAAAGGUGUUAUUACCAAUAUGAGAAAGUGA